AUGUGCGGUGAUACCAACCGUCCUACCUUUGGCGGUACAAUUGCCGUGCUUUUCCCGCGAGAAAACCGUCUACUUUCAAACUCAGGAUCUCUAUCUUCAUCACCAGACUCAGUCGUCUCAUCCACAUCAUCAGCAUCAACUCUAUCAUCCUAUUCUCUCUUUUUCCGCAACGCAGAAACAACAGACCGCAAAACGAAAGGGAUUUUCCAGACCGACAGUGAAGAGACUUUUGACUCUUUGCGCGGUUGCGGACAUGUGGACAUGCGGAUAGAGAAAUACGGAGAUCUCUCUACAUCCACGCCAAACACACCCCCACUCCAUCAAUUCCAGAUAGACUUGAGCCGGAGCCAAAGCAUGAAGCCAGGCCACCGCCAAACAGAAAUGGAAUUCGAAUUGCCCGAACGGCUGGACCUGGGCGUCUCGGAGAAGGGAGUCGUGGGCCGACAAGUAACAAUGAGAGACCCUGCCGGUACCGUUCUCGGAGUGGGAAUCGUCGGGUACAAUUGA